GGCGUUGCUAGCGGCAGAAAGUGGGAUUUUUUUUCUUCCGGUACCGCUUUUUUAACAACUUUUAAUUUCCUCGAACAAAAUUAACGUCUUGCUGUUAGAGAAGCAAAACAGCGUUUGACGUUAGCUCGAGAGUAUAAACCUUUUCUGGGUGGGCCUUCGUGUCGUGUUGUUUGCGGACUGGUGUUACUUUUCUGUCCCGUUAGCCGCUCGGCUAGCCUGCUUCCCAUCCACGGGAAUUCUGCCGACAAACGACUGGAUUCUGGAAACAUGGAGUCAAGGAGCGUCGCGCGCCGCUAACCGACUUCCAACUGGCGUGUCUUUUUUUCCCUCCCCCCCCCCCACCCUGAGGAGACUUCUUCUUUUUUGUGUUUUUUUUAAAGGACAUAUUACGGAGACGUAUCGUAAAGCCAGUUCGACGUCCAUGCCCGUGUGUGUGUGUGUUUCUCGCCCGUUGGCCCCGGCUCAUUGUCGUGAACGGGACUUUGCUUAGUUUGCACUCGAAACAACAGCAAACGGAGCAAAGUUUUUUCUUCUUUUCUUUUUUUUCGUUCCGCUGAUAGAGCUCGUCUGUUUUGUUAGCUGUUAAAGUUAGCUGUCGAGAUUCAACAACAGCCAGCUUUGCGUGAGAAGUUUUUAUUUAUUUAUAUAUAUUUUUUAACACCCCCCCCCCCGCACCCAAAAUUUCCCCCUAUCUUCCGUCUUUCCACCGGUAUAACAUUAGCAGUUGUUGCUAAUUUGUAACACGGGUCGUUUUUGCUCUCCGUCUCGAGCCGUUCUCAUGGUCACGGGAGAGUCGUCUCCACCGCGGCCGCAGGCAGCAGACUCUUCUGGGGACGAGGAAGACCGAGCGGGACUGGUGGUGGGAGCUCCAGCAUCUCCACGGACCAUUUAGGAACCGAGGCCAUUCAUCCGAACCGGGGCGGCGGCGGACCGACUGCAUCGCAGGGCCACGGCGUCUAUCACAUCGGAUACCGUGUGUGUGUGUGUGUGUGGUUGCACACGUUUCAUAUCGGGCGGAGAAACUGCGAUGUGAACGCUGAAGGAUUUCAUACGAGGAGUUCGUGCAUUGUAAAGACAACUUUCGCCAGCUGACGCAGUGCAUUUUUUCCCCUCGUGUUGCCAAAAUAUUGUUGAUAGUCGCGGUGGGAUAUCAUCUUGACUGCUAAUACGACAGGAGGCCCCGAUUAUUAUUAUUUUUUAAAACAUUUUUAUUAGAUAUGCCCUGUCGAUUCAUUGCUAUUUUUUCGAGAGGAGUGACGUUAUUGGCUCACAGAUAGCAUAGUGUUGUUGUUUUUUUGUGGUCUCAUCCGGUGUUUGGACGUGCCUUUUUGCAACAACCCCAACCGUGUCCUACAAGUAUUACAUAUCUUCAACGCCGUUCUCAAAAUAAAUCCCUGCCUACUUCAGAACUUAUGCCAGAGAAGGACGCUCCAGAAAAUCGUCUCAUCACACUCUUGGGGGGGAAAAUGUUAAUCGGAUAUAAUUAGCUGCAAAUCUAGAACCGGAAGCCCAAUGAGUGACACACAGUCCAGCUUCACUGACAGGUUUCCCAAGAAAGAAAACCGAACCAGCAGCAUUCUCAGUAAAGACCACCCCCCCGACAGGAAACCCAAAUGUGACAAAACCUCACUUCCCUCCAAUGAGUUUGACCCUACAGAAGCUCUGGUGGUGCAGAGGAGUGGCAGCGGCCGUGUGCUCGCAGAGGGGAGGCCCGAGUCCUGCGGUCUGGUUCAGCGAUGUGUAAUCAUCCAGAAAGAUGAACACGGCUUUGGGCUCACGGUCAGCGGUGACAACCCGGUGUUCGUGCAACUCGUCAAAGAAGAUGGGGCGGCCAUGCGGGCGGGAGUUCAGACAGGAGAUAGGAUCAUCAAGGUUAACGGGACCCUUGUUACACAUUCAAAUCACAUCGAGGUGGUGAAACUUAUCAAAUCGGGCUCCUAUGUGGCCCUCACGGUGUUGGGGCGUCCCCCAGGGCUCGCCCAGAUCCCUCUGUCUGAAGCCGAGUCCGAAAUGUUGGGGGUUAGCAUUUCGUCUCCCAACUCCCCGGCAGCAGAACGGCCCUACAGCGCUCUGGAGCGCCUCUCCUUCCCGCCACCACCAUGGGUACCAACCACAGAUGAGAAUAGCGGCGUCUGCAGCCAGAGGGUCGACAUGCUGCAGAAGAUGCUCUCCAAAGAGCAGCAGGAGCUACAGGCCAUGAAGGAGGAGUACAGCAGGAACCCCUCCCCCAAACUACUGAAAGACAUCCAGGAAGCUAAGAAACACAUUCCACAGCUGCAGGGUCAGCUCCUCAAGGCCACCGGGGCAACGCAGGAGGCUGUUCCCGGUGGCGAUGCAGACGACGGUAGCAUGUUGGAGGCGCAGCACUCCAGAGGAGACACCAGUGCAGACCUGUCCUGGAGCAGCUCUCCUCUUUCUCGCGGAUAUGGGCCCGGAUCUCCAGAGAGCCUCUACCCAAGAGAGCCGUGCUACCCGAGCCCAAAGAUCACCCCGAGGAACAGCGUCAACUCCUGCCACUCUCCGGAGGCCGACGACGCCGCUGACCAGGACUCUCUGUCUCCCACCACGGUCAGCAGUCCCUCUUCCGCCCGCCUCGUCUCUCAAAUCAUCGGAGCCGAGGACGACUACUUCGACUCGGACCAGGAGCAGACAAACGGCCAGUGCAACAGCUUCAACAACAUCGAGCAGCUCAAGUCUCGUCCCGCGCACCUCGCGGCCUUCCUCCACCACGUCAUCUCUCAGUUCGACCCUGCCCCCGUGCUGUGCUACCUCUACGCUGACUUCUACAAGCAGACCAACUCCAAAGAGACCAGGCGGGUGUUCAUGGACCUGCACAACUUCUUCAUUGACCGCGGAGCAAAUUUGAAAGUCGCUGUCCCCGAAUCCAUCUCCACUGAUCUCGACCGUCGGCGGACAGAACUGAUCCCUGAGGAAAUAAACCGACAACAUGUUCAGACGCUGCAGGACUCUCUGCUCCCUGACUUGCAGAAGAACCUCGAGGAUUUCAGGCAGAAGCGCAGCAUGGGCCUCACGGUGGCUGAGGUGGAGCUGUCCAGGCUGGACCAAGAGAGAGUCCGAGACCGCGUCGCUCUGGAGAGAGAGCGCUCGUACGCGGAAAACAUCAUCACCAAGAUCGAGGAGGUCCUGUUAACGACUCAGAACACAGAGGAAGAGAGAUGCACUACGAUGCAGUACGUCAUCUACACGUACAUGAAGCACCUCGGGGUGCGGGUCAAGGAGCCGCGGAGUCUGGAGUCCAAGCGUGUCCGGAUCAACUUCCUUCCCAAGAUCAAGAAAAGCAUCAAGGCGGAGAAGGAAGGAGAGGAGAAGGUGAAGAAACCCAGAUUUCCCAGCAUCCUCGGACCUCAGCGUCGGCCCAGCCGCAUCGAAGCGGCGUCUGUCGGCAAAGCCUUGGACGGUCGCCCGCGGCCACAGAAGCAGUUGUCUCAGCCGUCACUCGGGGCGAGCGAUCACACGGACGCCGGGCGUCUCCGAAGCAGCCAGUCGAGCGAGGGCUCGGAACUCAUGCACUCCAUGUCGACCAACGCCUCGACCCCGAACAGCGCCGCCUACGGCUCGGACGCCGGCCGAGACGCCGACAUGGGCGGGACUCCGACCUCGGGCCCGUCCCGGCUGAGUGACGGCCUCCAGGCCGACCCCCUCGAUGGGUUGCUGUACCCCGCGUCGCACUUUGACCUUUACAACCUGGACCAACUGCAGGAGGACGACAGAGAAAGCGACAGAGCCCACGAGGGAACACCAAAGGUCAUAAGAAGGCUGGAGGGCCCGGGAGCGGCCGACGUCCAGAGCGAGGACGACCAGGGAACCGACUCGGAGCACGACCCUCCCAACUGGCAGCAGCUGGUGGGCCGAGAGGUCCUCGCGGGCCUCAGGCCUCAGGAAAUCAAGAGACAGGAAGUCAUCAACGAGCUGUUCUACACCGAGCGUGCGCACGUGAGGAUGCUGAGGGUUCUGGACCACGUGUUCUACCAGAAGCUCUCCAAAGAGGCCAUCCUGCCUCCCGCCGACAUCAAGAACAUCUUCAGCAACCUGGACGAGAUUCUACAGCUGCAUGCCUCAGUUCUGGAGCAGAUGGCCGCCGUCCGGAAGAGAAACGAGUCGUCGGUAAUUGAUCAGAUAGGAGACGACUUGCUCUCCUGGUUCAGUGACGGCGAGGAGGAGAAGAUCAAGAAGGCGGUGGGGACGUUCUGCAGCAAUCAGCCGUUUGCUCUCGAGAUCAUCAAAACCAAGCAGAAGAAGGACUCGCGGUUCACGUCGUUCGUCCAGGAGGCAGAAAGCAACAGGCAGUGUCGCCGGCUGCAGCUGAAGGACAUCAUUCCUGUGGAGAUGCAGCGGCUCACCAAGUACCCGCUGCUCCUGGACAACAUCGCCAAGUACACAGACAACGCCGUGGAGAAGGACAAAGUGAAGCAGGCGGCGGACGGCUGCCGGAAGAUUCUCAACCACGUCAACCAGGCCGUCAAAGAGUCCGAGGACAAGCAGAGGUUGGAGGACUACCAGAGGAGACUGGACCUCUCUUCUCUGAAGCAGACGGACAACCCCAUGAUCCUGGAGCUCAAGAACUUGGAUUUGACCAAGAGGACGCUGGUGCACGAGGGGCCUCUGUCGUGGAAAGUGAACAAGGACAAGACGAUUGAGCUGUACACCCUCCUGCUGCAGGACAUCUUGGUUCUGCUCCAGAAACAAGACGAGCGCCUCAUCCUGAAGUGUCACAGUAAGAACCUGGCGGGCCCCGCGGAUACCAAGCACAUCUUCAGCCCCGUCAUCAAGCUCAGCACGGUGCUGGUGCGCUCGGUGGCCACAGACAACAAGUCCUUCUUCGUCAUCUGCAUGUCGGACAACGGCGCCCAGAUCUAUGAGCUGAUGGCGCCCACCGUCUCAGAUCAGAGAACGUGGCAGCAUCUAAUCACUCAGAGAGCCGACGCCAUGAAAGUCAAGCCUCACAGCGUCAUCCCGUUACCUCAGACCGAUGGGGAGAGAGACGGGGUGGAGAUCAUCACGGCGGGCGUGUCCAGGCUGAGUCGAGACCCGGACCGCACGUCCACCGGCAGCACCCAGUCCUCAGAUAAAGAGAGCAGCCCGGCCCCGAGGAGCGCGACGCAGAGCUCCCUACCCAGCAAUAAUCCAUUCGAGGGAAUAAAGGCGGAGGAGGAAGACGAGGAGGAGGAGGAGGAAGGUUUCGUGGACCCGGAGCUUCCUUAUCGGGCGGCGAAAGACGGCAAAGGAGGAGACUCGUUCAACGUGUUCCCCUCCAGAGCGGACGAAGCUCUGAAAACACUGGCGGCGUUGAAGCAGGUGUUGGUGACCCAGCUGAUGUCCCAGGAGGCGUUGGAGCAAACCAAGCGCUCCACGGGGGUCCGCCUCCUCAGGACCACGUCUCUGCGCACGCCCGUCGACAGCCGCGCCCGCGUGCCGGUCCACAACGGCGCCCACACCGAGGACCCCGCUCAGGACCUGGGCUCCGGGGACACGGGCUUCUUCGACUCUCCGGAGGAUGACGCAGGGUUCUUGGUUCUGGAGGGGUACGGCGGCCCGGGGGAGAGCAGCACCGACGACGACAUCCUGGCGUCGGCCGGCGGGAAGCAGCUGCGGUCGUCUCGGGGCUGCGCCGCCGACUCCGGCAUCAACCUGCGCUUCUCCACGGCGUCGCAGGCCGGCAGCCUCUCCUCGUUCAGCAGGCGGGUUCUGUCCCACCUCCGGAACCUUCAGGCCAACCUCAACUACCUGAAGGAUGUUGAGGCCAAGUACAAUAAUCUAAUACGCCAAAGGCCAGAGAGGUCGGCAGCGGACGCGGAUGGAAACAAAGAUAAAAGAUAGUGGGGGAAACGGCACCGCAGCUUUUUAUUUUUUAUCUCGUUCCAAAGAGGAAGUACCGACUCGUGUGUUUCCUGUUCCUGCUUCUGGUGUCCUGGACAUUCUGGACAUCCCAUAAGCUCGUCCUCUCACUGCUGAGCCCCCCCCUUUUUGUUUUUCCAUCACCCUCGCCCACAGAGAAUGAGAGACUUGAGUGAGCAAGAAAUGUUUUGAAGGGUGGAGCCCCCCCCCCAUAUCAGCACAAGGCAAUCAGGAAAGUGGGAUUGCCCCAGUGCCCCCCCCCAUAUAACACCCCAUGUUCCCCCGGAUCUCCCUGCAAGAAAGAGAACUUAUACCAAAAUGUACAAAGAUGUGUGUUUAGAAUAUAUAUCUAUGUAUAUGUAUAUACAUAUAUAUACAUGUAUAUAUAUAUCUGAGAAACACAAAAACAAGAAAAGGAAAAUUUUAAGAUAAUGUAUUAAGAUUUUUUUUAUCCCGAGAUGUAUUUAUUUUCUUUUCUUUUCAUUUAAAAAAAAAAAAAAGAAGAGAAAAAAAAGAAAAGUGUUUCCAACAUUGCUUGCAUGCUUUAUUUUGUAGCCGUGGUGUUGGCGUUCGGCAGGAUGUACUCGGACUGACGGACGGACGGUUUUUUUCUUCUUAAAAACCUCUUGCAAUGUG